GCUAAGACCAGUCGCAAUUCCAACAAGUGUUUAUCGCCGGAAAAAAGCGCAGAAAAUAGAAUCCAACAAAAAAGGUAAGCCUCAGUCAUGCAAAGUAUGGAAAGCAGUAUUUUCCGUUAUUUGUCAUCAACGUCUCUCUUCUUACAGUGAAAAGUUCUGUAAGCGACCACCCAAAAACCCAAAUGCCAAGUUUUACUGGUCACUUAAGAGGUAAACAGACUACCGUAUUUACUCGAUUUUAACGCCCCUUAGUUCGGCGCUUAUUUGAAUUGAAAGUUGGAUGCGACAAAGAAUUGUAUCAAGUACCGUAGAAUUAACGUCUUUUGAUUUUGAUUUAGCCUGAGUAUCAGGCCUUCCUAAGGGGCUAAGGGAGAGGAGAUUUUAGAUAGGGGAGGGGGAAGGGUUAGGAAAGAAAGGAAGCUUUUUGUGCACUAAUUCGUAGACGGACUAUGCAAAUGGUUUAGACGAGUGCGCAAAGUGGGCCGACUGCAACUUGCAGGCGACUUUUUCUGUUAAAUGAAAUUUUCAUGGUUUUUCGUUUUUGUCGCUGGAGUUCUUUCUUUUUUUUAGGGGUAAACGAGAAAUGACACUAAAUACGGAAUACGUAAAAUCUAUGCAAGGGAUACUCAAAAUCUUGGAAUUUGUAAGUACUUCAGAUUUAGAGUUAUACAACGUUUCUCAAGAGGCCUAAAUGCAAUAAACGAACCUAAAUGUAAAAAAACUCUUAAGAGUAAUAACUUCAGAGGCCUUAAAUGUAUUGACGUCAUUGUAACGUCAUCAAUGACGUAAGUAAAAACGGCAUUAAAGGGGUUGUCUUCAUCUUGUUAAUGUUGCCAAUUACUUAUUUACUCGAAUAAGCGCCGCAUUUGCGAGAAAAAGUUAAUGAGCCCUCCCCCAGGUAAAAUGUUAUUACAUUUAGGACUUGGGGCCGUUUAUUACGCUCAGGCCUUCUACAACGUUCGAUUGACCUCAUCAGUGCCUGGAAAAAUUAGGGAGAGUAUGGAAUUAGAGUUAAACGCCGUUCGGAACAAUUAUCGAAUGAAGCUGAUUACAUGCAGAAUCAACUGAAGAUUUGACUUGGUAUCAGUUAUUUUAUACUUUAUUUCGACUCUGUAGUUUCCGGCGCACCCACUACAAAAUGCACCAGUUGUUUUUAUGCUGCAUUCACUCAAUUCACAACCCCUUAAAGGAACAGUAUCCCGUUACUGCGCAUGCACCAAACUUUGAUUUUUGGACAGGAUGUCGCGAAAUCAAAAGAUGCGAGGAGAGUAAGAUAAUCUUGAAAAAUCCGUUUGCAUCGCGCUUGGUCGGGUUCAAUACGACACUAAAACGUCUCAGGAUUACAGAUCAAUGAUAUAUUGUUCCUUUUAAGUUUCGAUUUGGGCAAAAUCUGGAUUUUUUGGCGUUACUUUCAUUGCCGUUUGCCGGAGGACCAAAAGAUUGGAAGCACUUUGAUGCCGAUUGAAGGCUAGCCUGCGUAGCAGGCGCUUGGAAGUAGCGGGCGAAAGAGAGAACAGGCACGCGCGAGGGAGACACGCGCCCGUUUUUUCUUGUGCCCACUACUUCCAAGGCUUAUUUCUUCUGCUAGCUUCCAUACAAGCUCAGAUAAUUGUGAAAGGAAUACGCAGAAAUGAAACAGCAACAAUAAAGACUGUAAGAAAGAAACCGUUGAGACAUUGAUGUGACUGAGGAGAUCUUGUGGAGGGGAGCUUCGUGAAGCAGAAUGUUUUGCAACGACGCGUUAAUAAACUUUUAAAUGAAUCUCCGUACGGCCGACAAAAUCGACCAAACAGGCGCUACACGUUUUGAAAAACUGGUGACAUGAAUCAUAAUAUCGUUCUUGACUAACCUUUGUGAUGAUUCAUAGCGUUGAGAUUGCAUUUUUAUUUAUGUCUUUCAAACGUUUGAGGCUAGAACGCGAGCAAAUUAGGCAGAUAUUACUGGACUUGGAGCGAUUGACCUCUGACACGAGUUUCAAAUUAGAAAAUAUGUUUUUAAAGCGAGCGGAACGAGAUUUUCGGGUCGCGAGGCGGCCCAGCUAGCGAUAAAAUCGCGAUGAGUCUUCGAACCGCGAGCCAAAUUUUUAUAUAAGACGAAAGACGUCUUCGAAAGUCUAAAAUAUUACUUGAGAAUAUAAACAACAAAUCUCUGUCGGCGGUCCGGAAGGAAAUCUUGUCGAGUCAAUUUGACAGUUCUAUUGUCUUUUGAAGAAAAAGCAGAUGACGCUCGCGCGUGCGCAUAAUCGGGACACUGUCCCUUUAAGAAACUGAUAUUCAUCUUAGCUAACGACUGCAUGUCGGUGGGUGGUAAGUGCUCUUUCAGGCAACCUUUCUUUCUUUCUUUUUUUACAGGUAACUAUGUGCAUGGCGUUUUCAUGUCUGAGGGAUUUUGACCGUGAACUUGCUGUCGUAAGCGACAAAUUUCUAGUGAGGUACGACUUCGUCAUGGCAGUUUUCGUCAUUGGCUGGGUAGUGGUUCUACUGGUGUUCUUGGUCUUCCUGUUCGGCUUGACAGAGAAAGACUUGACUCUUGCGGUGAGUUAG